GUAUGGAUGACAAGAAUGCAGCUAAACUCAAUGAGCUCAUUCAAGCCGGGGCUACAACUGUUCGGUACAAAGGCAGAAACCUUCGUAUCAAAGCUCCAAUGUGCAGGGCUUUGAAGAAACUGUGUGAUCCAGAUGGCAUUAGUGAUGAAGAGGAUCAGAAGCCAGUACGUCUUCCUCUCAAGGUUCCUGUGGAGCUGCAGCCACGGAAUAAUCACGCAUGGGCUCGAGUGCAGAGUCUUGCCCAGAAUCCACGACUUAGAAUGAUUGUGGAGUUACAUCGGAAGGUCUCUAGCCUCAUUGAGUUCCUGAAGCAGAAGUGGGCUCUCCACGAAGUCCGUAUUCGUAAAACACUAGAAGAACGGCAGCUUCAAGACUCCAGAGACUCGGAAAUGAGAGGCAGCUUCUCAGAGGAGAAAGUGAUGCUCCAUCUCUUUCCAGGAGAGAACUGUACACUCACUCCACUGCCUGGGGUAGCCAGGGUGGUCCACUCCAAGGCUUUCUGCACGGUGCAUUGGCAGGAAACUGGCAAAUGCAAACAGAACACAAAAGACUCUCACUUAAUACCCCCUGCACAAAUCCUAGGCAUACAGAGCGGUCAGGGGACAGCUAGGGGACAGCUAAAAUACACGCGGGGAACAGAAGUUAAGGGUGUUGGAAGGACAGAGAGCACUACAGAGUCAAGCAGAACCUCUCAGUCCACAGCUGAGGUUUCUGCAAGCACUGAAGAUGGUACCCCAGAGUCUGGCCUGGUGGAAGGAACACCCUCAAAUCUUGGCAUCACUAAUUCUCUCCAGAAACCACCUUCUGGACUUCAAGAUCCAGGAGGGAACUGUGAAAACCUGAGCUCAGUGGCCUUUUGUGUGGAGGGCAGAGAGGCUUUGGCUAGUGAGCAAGCAGCUGUGCUACCAACGUGCAGCACCGCUUGUGCUUGCGGUAAGAUCCCUGAUGUGGAGGAGCUCUCUCUGCUUGAUCCAUUCCCACGGUACAUGAAGUCCUGUCAGGACCUGAUCGUCCCAGAGAAAUGUUUUUGCACAGACAAAGUGCAUGGGAAGGACUCUACUCCAGCAGCUGGUGAUACUUCUCCUGUGACUUUUCCAAGUGGGAGGAGCACAGACACAUCUGACUCGUAUUCACAGCUACCAAGAGGUGGUGUGGCUUCACCCAGCAGUGGCACAUCCAGAUAUGACACUCAGGCUGGCCACAGUCAGGGCCAGCUGCUUGAUGCUUGUACCAAGGAUAUAACAGACACAGUAAUGGAGGAUUCUCAAGAGAAGCUGGGCUCCUCAUUUCCACCUCCACCUCAGGGACAAUCUAGUGCAAAGUCUCUUAAAGAUGACCCAAGCCGGCUCUCUCAACAGGUUAGAGAAGAAGGAUGGAGUCUGCGAACUUCUGAGAGCCUUACGCUGGCGGAAGUCUACCUCAUGAUGGGCAAACCGAACAAGCUGCAGCUGGAAUAUGACUGGUUGGCUGUCUUGGAGCCAGAAACCCAGGAUGCAAGGGAGCAAACACCUGAGUCAAGUGCUGUUCCUGCAUGUACCACCUUUCACAAGCAGAGACUCUUAAACUGCCUUUUAAAACUCAUCUCUACUGAAGUCAAUCCCAAACCA